AUGAUACCGGCCAAACCGCUCCCCUUCAAGGGCGGCUUCGCCUCCGCCGACGACUACGUCGCGUCUCUGCUCGACUUUGUCUACACAACCGACAUGUUCCAGAUCCUCUGCGGAGGCACCCACAUUCUCGACUUCUUCACCUCGCAGCCGGGGCUCUUCCACACCGCGCUGCCUGCGGAAUGGCACCCCUUCCUGCUGCAGUGCGACACCAUGCGCCUCUUGGACAUCCUCCUGCGGGACGACCUCGACAACCUCGACAACCUCGAGCUGGACGAGGGCCUGCCGCGCAUGCCCGAGAGCCUGCGCCGCUACGUCCGGUCGAUACGCGACCUCUCUCUCGGCAGGGACUUUGCCCCGUCGCGCGAGACGAGCCCGCCGGCCUUGUCGGCGACGCUUCGCGUGGGCAUGAAGCCCAAGAAGAUCCACGAGGUGACGCACUUUGCCGCCUAUGUCGACCGCCUGUCCAGGGACGUCUGCGGCGAGCAAGUCACCCACUUUGUCGACUUUGGCAGCGGCCAGAACUACCUGGGGCGCACGCUGGCCAGCGAGCCGUACAACAGGCGCGUCGUCGCGGUCGAAGGGCGGGAAAACAACGUCGCGGCCGCGAGAGGGCUCGACGUCUCGUCCGGCCUGGCGUCCAAGCAAAAGGUCAUGAGGAACAAGAAGCUGUGGAACAAGAUUUUGCAGGCGGGCGGGCCGGACCCUCAUGGGGACCCUGACGCGCUGGCCGACGCCCUGAAGCAGCUCGGCGGAGCCGACGGGUUCGACUUUAGACCGCGCGAGCAGCUGGGCUCGGACAUUGCGGUCCAGGACGGCAAGGGAUACGUGCAGUACAUCUCCGGGAGGCUUGACAGCGGCGACCUGUCCGACGUGCUUGCCCGGGUCGACUCUGGCGGGUGCUGCAGGAGCCCGAAAGGAGACUCGCAUCGUCCGGGGAAAAGGCCGAGGCUGACGAUGAUGGCCAUGUCGAUUCACUCCUGCGGCAACCUCUCCCACCACGCGAUACGAUCCCUCGUCCUCAAUCCCGAUAUAAGGGCCGUUGCCGUCGUCGGCUGCUGCUACAACUUGAUGACGGAGAAGCUCGGUCCUCCAAGCUACAGGCACGCCUAUCUCCGGCCAACCCUCGACGCGCUCAACGGCCGCGUGGGCCGCGAAUCCUCCAGGUUCGACCCCCAGGGCUUCCCCAUGAGCCGCAGAUUCACCACGUACGCAAACGACGGCAUUCGCCUCAACGUCACGGCCAGGAUGAUGGCUUGCCAGGCACCCCGCAACUGGGGCCGCGUCGACAGCGAGGCCUUCUUCUCCCGCCACUUUUACCGCGCCGUUCUGCAAAAGAUGUUUCUGGAUCGCGGCGUCGUCAAGCAGAUUCAUCACCGCAAAACCCAGGAGGACUCGUCGUCGCCGUUGCCGUCGCCAGCAAACACCAAGGCCGACGGUACCCACGACGCGAAACCAGGGCCGUUUGACACGAGCACUCAACCCGUCACCAUUGGCGGGCUCCGCAAGCCAUGCUACGCCUCGCUGAGAGCCUACGUGAGGGGCUGCAUAGAGAAGCUCACCACCAGCGCCGAAUGCAGACAGUAUGCGGACGUGAUGAAUGAAAAAAUGGCGGGCAUCACGGAUGAGGAGAUUGACGCGUACGAGGCCGAGUUCUUGCCGCGCAAGAAGGAACUGUCCGUGAUUUGGAGCCUGAUGGCGUGUAGUGCCAUGGUCGUCGAGUCUCUCAUCAUCACGGACAGGUGGAUGUUUUUGAAGGAGCAGCCCGAGGUGAAGGAUGCGUGGGUAGAGACCGUCUUUGACUAUGGCCAGAGCCCGAGGAACAUGGUGGUUGUUGGGGUGAAGACGGAGGAUAAGACACGCUAG